AUGCAGAGCAGGAUACCUCUCAUUCUCCUGGCCUGUGGCUCCUUUAACCCCAUCACCAAUAUGCACAUGCGCCUGUUUGAGCUGGCUAGAGACCACCUGCACCAAACGGGAAGGUAUGAGGUGAUCGAGGGCAUCGUGUCUCCGGUCAGUGACAACUACAGAAAGCAAGGCUUGGUUUCAGCCAAGCACCGGGUAGCAAUGGCCAGACUUGCGCUGGAGACGUCUGACUGGAUUCGAGUUGAUCCAUGGGAGAGUGAGCAGGAGACAUGGACAGAGACAGUGCGAGUCUUACGGCACCAUUACAACACAGCGCUGCAGUCCAGGGAGGAGUUCUGCACGAACAAGAGAGCCACGCAACGGUCUCCCACGCAAAGACCUCCACAGGAUGCCCCUUCUCCCCAGCACACAGUUCUACCGGAAUUAAAGCUGCUCUGUGGAGCUGAUUUUCUACAGACAUUUAAGACCCCCAAUCUCUGGAAGGAAGAGCACAUCCAAGAAAUAGUAGCGAGGUUUGGCUUGGUGUGUAUUAGCCRUGCUGGCUCUGAUGCUCGUCAGUACAUCCACAAAUCAGAUCUUUUAACCAAAUAUCAGCACAAUAUCUUCCUAGUGAAAGAAUGGAUUCAGAACGAAAUCAGCGCAACCCAAAUACGCAAGGCCUUGUGCAGAGGAUUAAGUGUAAAGUAUCUCCUGCCAGAUUCUGUCAUUUCCUACAUUGCACAGCACAAUAUCUACACAGAGGAGAGUGAGAGGAAGCAYGAAGGCGACCUGCUUCAGCCUCUACGACUGCACAACAUGCGAGAGAAGCCGCUGAAUGACUGAGAGCUGCAGUCGGAAAGGCACCGACGUGGCAAUUUUUGAUGGAAGAUUCUUCCAAAAU